CCAGGAAAGUCAAGCGGGAACCCAGAGGUUGGCGGUUGGGCGGGGGCUGGGGGCGGCAAAACAAAGUUGUUACCCUAGCAACAGAUAGACGCCGCAUUUUCCACAGUCUAUUUUCGGAGCCUAUCCACAGACCCGAAAACUGAACAAAGAUAAUGGAAUCUGAAAAUAUGGAGGCAGAAAAUCUGGAAUCUCAAAGUAUGGACAUUGAGACUGUUUCUUCAGUAACAGCUCUACAAGCCCUCACCAAGCUACUUAAUCCUGAAGAAGAGGAUGUUUAUGACUAUGGACAGACAAGUGGUUUAUCUACUAUUGGAGCCAUGGGUCCUGGAAAUAUUGGACCACCCCAAAUAGAAGAGCUCAAAGUCAUCCCUGAAACCAGUGAGAAAAAUAAUGAGGACAUCUGGAAUUCAGAAGAGAUUCCAGAAGGAGCAGAGCAUGAUGAUAUGUGGGAUGCUAGAGAAAUCCCAGAGUAUGAGAUUGUAUUCAGACAGCAGGUGGGAACUGAGGAUGUAUUUUUAGGGUUGUCAAAGAAAGACUCCUCAACAGGUUGUUGCACUGAACUAGUGGCUAAAAUUAAACUGCCAAAUACAAACCCUUCUGAUAUUCAAAUUGAUAUCCAGGAAACGAUCCUUGACCUUCGUACUCCUCAGAAGAAGCUGUUGAUAACUCUUCCUGCACCAGUAGAAUGUGCCAGUGCCAAAGGAUUCUAUAACUCAGAGACCGAAACUCUUGAAAUCGUCAUGAUUAUGAAAAGAGAGUUAGAGAUUGCUAAUUUCUAAUUUCUUCUGACACUGCAUGAAAAAGCUAAGAAGUGGCAAAAUGGCAUUGGUAACAAUUAAAAAACUUUAAAAAAAUGUUUUCUAUGUUCUCUUUAUUCUGACAUAUUUUGGAAAGGGACAAAAUUCAAUUCUAGUGAUAUUGUGUCCAUUUACAGUCAUUUCUAUUACUCUUUUAGGAAAUAUGCCUUCUUGGCCAGGCACAGUGGCUCACGCCUGUAAUCCCAGAACUCUGGGAGGCCAAGGCAGGUGGAUCACAUGAGAUCAAGAGUUCAAGACCAGCCUGGUAAACAUGGCAAAACCCCAUCUCUACUAAAAAUACAAAAAUUAACUGGGCAUGGUGGCAGGCGCCUGUAAUCCCAGCUACUCUGUCUCAAAAAACAAUAAAAAAUAGGAAAUAUGUUUUCUCAUGCAAAUAAACUACUCAGUUUUUAUAGUGAUAGCUGAGUAGAAUAUUUACAGGUUAAAAAUUAGAAUAUUACAUGAUCAAUUACAUAAUUGAAACAUGAUCAUGAAAUGGUUGGUCCACUCAUUUCAGUAGUCUGAAAAAUUUAUGCUAAUUAUUUAUACUUACACUGUGAUACAAUUGGCUGCAUAGAAAUCUGUCAUUAUUAUUACCAGAGAAAUUUAUUUGGUUGCUUUUUCGUUGAUUUGAUCAAUUGACUUACAGUGUUCUUCUGUUUAGGCUCUCACGAUUGUUUUGGAAUAUACAGGUAACAAAUAGUUUGAUGUACCAUACUAGCAACUUGUUUACUUGCGUAAGAAAUACUUUUGAGCAUACAGAUUAUUUGGCUUCUUCAGUUGUACUUUUAAUGCUUAAGAUAUAGUUAGGUUAAAAACAUAUUUUACGUGCAUAGUUAUUAACACUGCCUUUUGGGUAUGUUUAUAUUUAGUCAGUUGAAAUCCUUGACUUUAAAAGAAAUAUAAAGAAAAGUUUGACACAUUUACAAAUCCUGUUUGUUCUCAUUUUCUAUCUUUCUUUGUAAUUAGACAUAUCUGUUUUUAGGAAUUGUCUCAAUGUCACCUGCCUCUUCUAUACUGUAUUGCAUAUGUUUAUUUCAGAAUUAU